AUGCCUUGGGCGAUGAAGCCCUGGCUCGGCGUGGUAACCGAUUCUUUUGCCAUCUUUGGUUACCACAAGCUCCCUUACAUGAUGAUCGUAAGCGUCCUCGGUCUAGCCGGUACCAUCCUGGCAGUAUCUCUCAACCUGGUUGAGAGCAAUGCGCCGAUUGCGACGGUUGGGCUUUUCAUGGCGAACCUUCAGUUGAUGGGGUAUGACCUGCUUGCUGAGGCAACAUACUCUAGCCGCUUACCAGCUGUCCCCAAAUCUGGACCGGCUCUGGUGAGCUACGUUUGGGUCGGAAAUCAGCUACUGGGUCUCAUCGCGACGCUGCUCGUCGGGUUCAUAGUUGAGAAUGCCGAUGGAGUGUGGGGCCUUGGUGGUGCACA